UCUCUCCACAUAUUGUUGUGUGCAAGUGCGAGUGGCGCGCUUAGAAGAUUUCCGAGUAUGAUUUUGGCGACUGUUUGCGCUUCGUGCGUUGUUUUGUUUUCGUUGGAAAUACGUGAAAGUUCUGCGCUACGUGUGGCCCUUAAGUUGUGCUCAAAUUGGAACUGCUGAUUAGCGCUGACAGGGCGGGCCACAAAGCCGGUCGUGGGGCGGGCACGUCGACAGGACCUCGCAACGAAUGCAUGCAUGGAAUGAAAAGAAACAAGAAAGAAAAAUAUUUUCACAUUCCUUGCGGUGGCGACUGAUUCAUAAUGUCAGGCGGCCAGUCGAAAAUCACAAGCUUCUUUAUAUCCUCAAGCCCAACCAAGACGUCGGCAGGAAGACCCGUAAAGUCUUCCCCAAGAUCGACAAAAAGAGGCGGAAAACUGUCACUUAAAAAUAAAGUCACCCGUUUGCGCGAAGAUGGCCAAAGUAAAAAAAUUAAACUAGAUUGUUACCGCCUUGCAUCACCUCCUGACGAAGAUGAUAGUGACGUGGAAAUUGUUGAAAUUGUACCGUCACAACAAAGCAGCAGUGAACUUGGUUCAUUGAAAAUUACUAAAAAGGGACUUAAGAGAGGUCUAUGCAAAAAGGUUAUGGCCGAGGAAGAUAACUUAGAAAGUUCAAUAUGUCACAUUAAUGAGCAAAGUGCUUCGACAGAACGUAAGGGGUGCUGUGAUAAAGAAUGCAGAGUAUCGAAGCUGCCUGUACACACUCAUUUAAGCGCAGUGAAAGAAUCAGCAAGUGAUGGUGGUGUGAGCAACAAGACCGGUGAUUUUAAACAAGAUCUUCAAAAGGAAGGUGCUGUGAUAGAAAACCAGAAGUACUGUGAUAUAGAGUGCAGAGAGUUAAAGCCGACUGUACAGACUCUUCUAAGCCCGGUGAAAAAACUAGCUAAUGCUACUGGUGUGCCUGUAAGACCAAGUGGCUUCAAACAAAGUAUGCAGAAAGAAGUGAAAGAAGAGAACAUGCAAUACAAGCAGUUGGACUCAACCGUGCGGUCUUCUUCAAGUCCACUAGAAGAAUCUGCUGAUGGUAGCACAACAAAAAGUCCCUACUAUCUGGAGAACCUUGUAUUGAUUGUUAACUCAGUAAAAGGCAGUGACGACUGGAACCUUUUCAACCAGCAGGAACAGGAUAUGUUUUGCGAGUUUCUAGAAGCUGAUGAUAAAUGUCAGAAGCUGCUUGCUCGGCUUCUUCAGCGAAAGCACAUGUGGCGAAGAACAUCUAAAAUUGGCUACCCUGACAUUGCCAGUGAUCUCUCUCCAAUUCUCUUUACUUUAAGAGACAAAGGCUACAUAGAGGACGCUGCAAGUUUGAAAGACUUGGAUGUGGCCUUGCACUUGCUUUCACCUUUUGAGCUGAAGACCUUGGCCCAAGUGUUUAAGCUCAGGACGAGUGGACAGGGAAAAGGAAGCCUUGCAGACUCACUGCUGGACCACUGCAACAAGCAGCAGACUGUGCUAUUUGGCUCCAAGCAGGCAUCUCUUCAGCAGCUGGCACUAAAACGGGCACUGGCUUUGCUUGGUCCCGCAUGGCGGCUGUGUGAUGAGCCGCGAGAUGCCUGGAGACGUUUGCUGAGGCUCUUCUCCCUGGGAACACCGUGGGACAUGGAUGAAGCGGGGGAAACACCGCAAGUGUAUGGCUUACAGCUGGUAGCAGCAGGCAAGAUGGCGUUCCCUGAGUAUGAGGUUUCCAGGCAACACACAAUUUUCCCCUCACGACUGGACCUAGUCAGAUAUGAAGCGUCAAGAGUUCUCGAGGCACAGCUGAUCCAAGCCACUACGGACAAGAAAUGGGACCGGGCUAGGCAGCUCUUCAAUGAUGUGGAAAAGCUAGCUAGAAGUACUGAAGCAUUGGAGUGCCAGAAAAGGGACCAAUCUUUGGCACCAUUCCUGAGGCAUUUCAGCAUGUGUGGUGUCUACACUCGGUGCCGUUGCUUGGGUGUCGAUGUGCUGCAGCGCCUCAAAGAAUACAGACAUGCUGUUAAGGUUCUCCGAGAACUUCUAAGCCAAGAACUCUACUGUCAAAGCCGCAGAGGCCACUGGUGGGAUCGCCUGGCCCUCAACUUGGAAGUCCACCUGGGAAAGCCUGCAGAGGCCUUAAAAGUUUUGCAUGAGGCUCUGGAUGACUCUGGCAUCAGCCCUGCUGCUCGUCAUGCCUUGGUCACCAGGGCUAAUCGCUUGGUGGCAAGGAUGCCCAAGAACGUGUCGCCAUCGCUGAAAUCUCUUUUGGAGCAGGAGAAAUGGGAUGCACUUCCACAGGUGGAAAUUGAAGGCCAGCUAGCUGAGCGCAUGGUGCCUGGGCGAACUAACCUUUUUGCAGCACGAGAUGGAACAACGAUGGAAGUCAUCUCCGUUGAAGAAGUGGCCUUGCGGAACUACAACCUGCAGGGCUACCCUAAAGGAGUCCACGGUGAAGGCUCUACAUUUCAUGCACUGUUUGGUCUUCUCUGCUGGGAUGUGAUAUACAUGAGCGGAGUACCAGAUGCAUUUCGGUCUGCAUACCAGGCUCUGCCCUUGGACCUUCAUUCGAAUUGUUUCUUCAGAAGUCGGGAGCAACAUUUUCUUGAAGCAUUCAAGGUCAUCUCAGAAAGCACAACACUGGAGCUGGAAGAGAAAGUUGCAGCUGCCUACACCGCCCACUUUGGGAAGGCUGGUUUAGUCCAAUGGGACCGAUUCACAUGCACUGAUGUCCAGGAAAUUGUACGUUGUUUGGGGCCACAUGUACUUUCGAGAGUCUGUGAGCUGUUGGCACGUCAGUUUCGACACCGCCGAAGUGGCCUUCCUGACCUGCUUGUUUGGAACCCAGAGACAGAAAAAGCCAAGGCAGCUGAAGUGAAAGGACCCGGAGACACGCUGUCCCCAAAGCAAGUCGUGUGGCUGCGCGAGCUCUUGGCAUUGGGUGUGGACUGCGAAGUCUGCCGUGUCACAGCAACAAGCUCAAAAAGGUUGCAGAGGAAGAAGACUGGAGCUGAAGAUGCAAGAGGAUGUUCAGAGCAGAUGGAGUGAACGCAGCCUGCAAGUUUUGCUAUGGAGUGAAGAGCUUGAUUUUUGUGGCAGUUGUGUUGACCUCUUUUAUAUUCCUAAAAGUGUUAGUUUACAACAGGGGUUCCCAAGUGUUCAUGUAAUAAUUUGACAGGGCUUAAUGUCCCUAAAUAAAAUAUAUGCUAUGGUCUCAGAGUUAAAUUUUACUAGCUGUGGUUUUUAAUUAAGGAGGACAGCUCAAAUAAAUAAUCUCCUAUUGAGCAGCAAUCAACCCAUGGAUGACACUGGAGCCAAUAACAAGUGGACUUGUCAACACGUUUAUUCCAGCAGCACAUAUUGAGAGGCUAUGUUGAUCAUUUAAGGUCUCCAUCUUUGUAUGAUCUUCUAUCGUGUGUAUAAUCUGCUUUUAAUAUUUUUCACAAAAUUUGAAGUUGUUAAAAGCAAAACUUUGCGAACCUCGCAGAGUUUUCGUGACCAUGGGUGCUGCGUGACUGUUGUCUAGCCGGAUAACCCAACCAAUCACAACAAAGGGUGUGUGCAACAGACACUGGGCUCCUUGCAUCACCACCAGAUGGCGCUCGCCUCCAUGCAGGAAAAAAAAAAGAACCAGAAAGCUCACCCUCACGUAUCCACAGCAGCAGCAUUGCAUUAGCUGCUACAAUUCCCAACUAAGGCCUUCUGUGUUACUUUGUGCAGACAUUCAAUAAACACAAACUUGUGUUUCAACUUUAUGCAUUCACACAAAGCUUAGCUGUAUAUAGAUUCCAACUUGUUGGAUGUGCUGAAUUUCUUUUCUUGCUUUGAAUUCAGUGUUCCGAGUGCAUCAGGGUGCAAAGGCCUGCUGUAGAUUUACAUACAUUCCUGCCUCGCCCUUGGUGUUUUGUAACCAAUUUUCAGACAAAGAAACAUGUUUAAAGGCCUCAA